GCAUCUUCUCUUUAACAGCCCACUUUCCUUGUGGAACUGUCCAGAGUGCUAGCAAAUCCAGGAAACAGUCAGGUUGCCAGAGUUGCAGCAGGUCUACAAAUCAAGAACUCUUUGACAUCUAAAGAUCCAGAUAUCAAGGCACAGUAUCAGCAGAGGUGGCUUGCUAUUGAUGCUAAUGCUCGACGGGAAGUCAAGAAUUAUGUUUUGCAGACUUUGGGCACAGAAACUUACCGGCCGAGUUCUGCCUCGCAGUGUGUGGCUGGUAUUGCUUGUGCAGAGAUCCCAGUGAACCAGUGGCCAGAACUCAUUCCUCAGCUGGUGGCCAAUGUCACAAACCCUAACAGCACAGAGCACAUGAAAGAGUCGACAUUGGAAGCUAUUGGUUACAUUUGCCAAGAUAUCGACCCAGAGCAGCUACAAGAUAAAUCCAAUGAGAUCCUGACUGCCAUAAUCCAGGGGAUGAGGAAAGAAGAGCCUAGUAAUAAUGUGAAGCUAGCAGCUACUAAUGCACUCCUGAACUCAUUGGAGUUCACCAAAGCAAACUUUGACAAAGAGUCCGAAAGGCACUUUAUUAUGCAGGUGGUCUGUGAAGCCACACAAUGUCCAGAUACUAGGGUACGAGUGGCUGCCUUACAGAAUCUGGUGAAAAUAAUGUCCUUGUAUUAUCAGUACAUGGAGACAUACAUGGGUCCCGCUCUUUUUGCAAUCACAAUUGAAGCAAUGAAAAGUGACAUUGAUGAAGUGGCCCUACAAGGGAUAGAGUUCUGGUCCAAUGUCUGUGAUGAGGAAAUGGAUUUGGCCAUUGAGGCUUCAGAGGCAGCAGAACAAGGACGGCCCCCUGAGCACACCAGCAAGUUUUAUGCCAAGGGAGCACUACAGUACCUGGUUCCAAUCCUCACACAGACACUAACUAAACAGGAUGAAAAUGAUGAUGAUGAUGAUUGGAACCCCUGCAAAGCGGCCGGGGUGUGCCUCAUGCUUCUGGCCACCUGCUGUGAAGAUGACAUUGUCCCCCAUGUCCUACCCUUCAUUAAAGAACACAUCAAGAACCCUGAUUGGCGGUACCGGGAUGCAGCUGUGAUGGCUUUCGGCUGUAUUUUGGAAGGACCAGAGCCCAAUCAGCUCAAACCACUAGUUAUACAGGCUAUGCCUACCCUAAUAGAAUUAAUGAAAGACCCCAGUGUAGUUGUUAGAGAUACAACUGCAUGGACUGUGGGCAGAAUUUGUGAACUGCUCCCUGAAGCUGCCAUCAAUGAUGUCUACCUGACUCCCCUGCUGCAGUGUCUGAUCGAGGGCCUCAGUGCUGAACCCAGAGUGGCUUCAAAUGUGUGCUGGGCUUUCUCUAGUCUGGCUGAAGCUGCUUAUGAAGCUGCAGACGUAGCUGAUGAUCAGGAAGAACCAGCUACGUAUUGCUUGUCGUCUUCUUUUGAACUCAUAGUUCAGAAGCUUCUGGAGACCACAGAUAGACCUGAUGGACACCAGAACAACCUGAGGAGUUCUGCAUAUGAAUCUCUGAUGGAAAUUGUGAAAAACAGUGCCAAGGAUUGUUACCCUGCAGUUCAGAAAACUACUCUAGUCAUUAUGGAACGACUUCAGCAAGUGCUUCAGAUGGAGUCACAUAUCCAGAGCACAUCGGAUAGGAUCCAGUUCAAUGACCUUCAGUCUUUACUCUGUGCAACUCUUCAGAAUGUUCUUCGGAAAGUGCAACAUCAAGAUGCUUUGCAGAUCUCUGAUGUCGUCAUGGCCUCCCUGUUAAGGAUGUUCCAAAGCACGGCUGGGUCUGGGGGAGUUCAAGAGGAUGCCCUAAUGGCAGUUAGCACACUAGUGGAAGUGUUGGGUGGUGAAUUCCUAAAGUACAUGGAGGCCUUUAAACCCUUCCUGGGCAUUGGAUUGAAAAAUUAUGCUGAAUACCAGGUUUGUUUGGCAGCUGUGGGCUUAGUGGGAGACUUGUGCCGUGCCCUGCAAUCCAACAUCUUACCUUUCUGUGACGAGGUGAUGCAGCUUCUGCUGGAGAACUUGGGGAAUGAAAAUGUCCACAGGUCUGUGAAGCCACAGAUCCUGUCAGUGUUUGGUGAUAUUGCCCUUGCUAUUGGUGGAGAGUUUAAAAAAUACCUAGAGGUUGUAUUGAAUACUCUUCAGCAGGCUUCCCAAGCCCAGGUGGACAAGUCAGACUAUGACAUGGUGGAUUAUCUGAAUGAGCUAAGGGAAGGCUGCUUGGAAGCCUAUACCGGAAUUGUCCAGGGAUUAAAGGGAGACCAGGAGAACGUACACCCGGAUGUGAUGCUUGUACAACCCAGAGUAGAAUUUAUUCUGUCUUUCAUUGACCACAUUGCUGGGGAUGAGGAUCAUACAGACGGAGUCGUAGCUUGUGCUGCUGGACUGAUAGGGGACUUAUGUACAGCAUUUGGGAAAGAUGUACUGAAAUUAGUAGAAGCUAGGCCAAUGAUCCAUGAACUGUUAACUGAAGGACGGAGAUCAAAGACUAACAAAGCAAAAACCCUUGCUACAUGGGCAACAAAAGAACUGAGGAAACUGAAGAACCAAGCUUGAUCUGUUACCAUUGGGAUGAUAACCUGAGACCCCCACUGGAAAUCUCCAAUCUUUUGAAAAACCCGGAAGUGAGGAGUGUGCACGGAUGCUGAAUGUUUGGGAAUGAGAGGAUGAGUGAGUGAGGCUUGAAAACACACCACAUUGAAAAUCCUGCCACAGCAGCAGCCGCAGCCGCCAACAGCAGUGCUGUUAGUGAGCUAAGUAAGCACUGACUUCGUAGAAAACCAUAACGUCGGCCAUCUUGGAAGAGAGAAAAAACGAUGGAUUUACUUGCUUAAAAAAAAGAAAAGCUGUCUCUUCCCAGGAGAGGCUAGCACUAGCUUUUCUGUCUUUAGGCCGGUGUUGAGUGGGAUGACUAGUUUGCGCGAGGAGGAGGGACUGGGUUCAGCUGUGGUGCUUUGUUGUAAAAGGCAGCCUGGCCUUUGCUACUGAUAAGAAAGAUGGAGCCUGGGUCUGGAGCCCACCUUUGGUGUACCUUUGCCACACGGUACUGUAUGUGUGUCAGCUAAAAGGAGGGUGAAGGAUUCUUUACAGUCUGAGAAUGAGUGUGUGUGAGUGAGGCGGUAUCCACAUUCUCAACUUCAAGUCAUUGCAGUUUCUUUUUCCCAGAAAAAAAGGGGUUAGACAUUGCAUUUCAUAAAACUAACCGAAGUUCUGUCUACUGAUGCAGCACAAGAGAUGUAAAAAAAAAAAAAGGGAAAGACGCUCUUUAGGUUUCGUUUUUUGUUUUGUUUUUUAAUUAUCUUUUAGGGAAAACACUGACGAAUGUUCAGAGCUCCCAUCCUGAUCUAUUUCAUCAAGGCGCCUUUUCUAAUAAUAUGGUUCAACUGUGAAUGUAGAAUUUGGGGGGAGGGGGGAGAAAAAGAAAGCUCUGGAGUUAGAGGCUAUAGAAAAAAUACAAAUACAAUUGUUACAAAUAAAGAAUGCAGACUUCAAAAACAAAAGCCACAACCCAAACAAACCAAAAUUUAAAUGCUCAGAUUGGCAGCACAAAAGAAAAGUUCUCUUCUGACAUGUAUCAAGGCAGUCUGAACACCCUCAGAAAAUUGUGCCAAAGAAUUUAGAAAACAAAUAUACAAUAAAGUAAACACACACACACAGCAAACUUCAGGUAACUAUUUUGGAUUGCAAACAAGGAUAAAUUUAAUGUUCAAACAAUGUGAUAAAAUAACCAUUUGGAAACUG